UUUGUGCAGCUCCCAGCAGAGUUCACACAGCUUUUCUCCAUCCAUUGCAGUGGAUGCUCACAAGGUGUUUUUGGGGUGUCCAGGAGGAGAAGCCUAUAUCACAGGGCACUGUGUCCUUAGUCUGGCUGCAGUCCAGGCUGCAGCUGGCAGCGAGCUGUGGGGGAAAUGGGACAAUGGGGCUAUGCAGGCAGCAGGAAACAAAGAGUUACGGUGCCAUGGGGAGUUUCAGCGUCACAUAGCAACCCUUCUCGCUCCAGGAGCUCAACAAGCUGCAACCCAGAGGAAAGGUGGGUUCUGGGCAGCUGAGGGGCAAGUGGGAAUAGAGGAUUCGGGGGGGUUGGAAGAGAGGCUGCUUGCCCAGGGCAAAGGUCUCAGAAAUUCUUCUCCCCUCCAGACCGCGUAUAUGGCUGAGCAGCCAUCCCCAGAACUGGCACCAUCCAUGCGGGUGACGGCUGCAGAUGGCACUGAAGCCCCUCAUCCCCGAACCAUCCCCCGUGGCUCCCACCCCACAGCCCCAGCCCGGGGCCCAGAGGAAGGCAAAGCCCCACAGCUGCUCUCCCGCCGCAGCUCCAUGCUCAGCAUCCUGCCAGGCCCCCCAGGCAGCCGCCGCAGCUCUCUGGGGGCAGCCCCAGGGGGAAAGAGGCCCUCUGUGGGGCCCUGGCUCCUCCACAGCCGUGUGAGUUUCUCAGGGCUCCCACUUUUCCAACCCAUUCCAGAAACCCACCUGGAAAACACCUACAGGAUGCGGCCAGAGGAAGGGUGCAGGUUCAACGCAGGGCGGGUGCAGCGGGUGCUGGAGAGAGCCCUAGCCAGGGUGCUGGGGGGCACAGCUUACAGCCCCCAGGGCAGCACAGUGCUGGUGCAGAGCCUGGCUGAGCUGCUGCGGGGCCAGGUGAAGGAGGUGGUGCCACCCCGCUACAAGCUGGUGUGCCAUGUACUGCUGGGCCAGCACAGCCAGCAGAGCAUGCUGGUGGCCAGCCAGGCACUUUGGGACCCUGAAAGUGAUAGCUUUGCCUCUGCUUCUUUCUGCAAUGCCUCACUCUUUGCUGUUGCCACAGUGCAUGGGGUUUACUUUGAGUAGAGGUCACCUGCCCUGACCUGUGCUCAACCUGCAGCCCUACAGUGCUAGUGCAAAUAAAUAACUUUGCAUCAGGCCUGACUUUUACUGCAUAGAUCCAAUGAUGGCACAGACAGAGAUGCUUUGGUGCCCCAGGGUUUGGUAGGCACACUGCAGCCUUCAUCAUAGUUUUCAAGACCCAAACCACAGAAAACAACUCCAAAUUCGGAUUCUGUUUCUUUUUCCCAGAGGUCAGUGCAGGCAGCAGCCCAGGACUGGACAGAGAGGACACAGAGCAGCCCAUACCUUUUCCCACACUGCAGGCUGCUCCCAGGAAGAGAUGGCAGCAGGGCAGGAGGUGACAGAUCAUGUUCAAAGCAAGGCUGCAGAGCAGGAUUAAGUCCCUCCUCUUUCCUGGCUUCACUCCCAGCUCACAUCCCAUUGCAUCAGGCAGUGCAGAACAUCCCACAGCCCUCAGCUGGGAGUCACUCCCCCUGCUUUCCCCAGAACUGAUACACUGGGGGAUCACGUAUCAGCAAGAGGUAGUCUUUCUUCCAGUCCCUACCUCAGCAUCCAGACACUCUACCAGAUCCCAUCACCUUGCCCCCCUCCCCCUCCUUUUCCCACCCCC